GAAAAUUUUCUCUGUGUUUCCUCUCGGCUUCCUCUGUCUCUUUCUCUGGUCCGCCUUUUGGGAGACGAAUUCCGGGUUUUUGUCUCUAAGGAGAAGAGAAUUUCUUUAUGGAUAAGAGAUGCAGAAGCUGCGUUAUUGGAUUGGUGAUGGUAGAGAAACACAAUCAUCAGCGGCCUUCUGACUCUAAUGUCGACCGAUUCACGCCUUGGUUUCGCUUUUUUCAUCUCCCCAAAUAGUUCUUCUUUUCGUAUUGAUAAGAUUUCCAAGCCUACCAAUCCCGGUUAAAUUAAGGUAAAAUGUAACAAACAAAACUAUCAAUCAAACCCAGGCAUUGGCUAUCUGUUGUUUUUGAGGUGGAUUGAGAAGAGGAAGAGGACGAAAGGAGCUUGUCUUCAACAAAUUUUACUUGACCAAAAAUGAAUGUUACUGCCGGCUCCCCCUGUAAAAAGAUGUCCUCAACAAGAGGUAAAGGCGAAUCAUCAGGCUGGAGUGCCUUUGAUCUCAAGCAGCGGCAGAAACAAGGUCUGGUACCUGAAACUGAAGAUGACCCUUUCCCUCCGAUGCCAAAUAGUCUGCCGGCCAUCCGUCCCUGCAUAAACCUGGCAAAAAGUAAUGAUCUUUCAGCAAGGUCUUUCUCAUCUGUGCUUAAGCCCUCUGACAAUUUUCCUACUUCAAAACAGAAUAAGGAUUAUACAAAACCAAUAAACGUGGGCAAGCCUACUGAAAAUGAUGGAGAUAAGGUAGUUGACCGAAACAAUAAUAAUUUAGCUCUUAAAAGGCUUAAAGAGCUGCAUUGCUGGGCUGAGAAUAGUUUGAUUGAGGAUGUCUUGUUGGCUGCCGAUAAUAAUAUUCUUGAGGCCUCAGCUUUAUUGAAAGGAAUGAUGUCCAUCAGUGGCAUUGAGGAUAUCAAGGAAACUAAAAAUAAUGAAAUGAGCUCCACCAUUUCUGAUUUUCCAGGCAAUGUCAACUGUGACAGAGGUAUUUCAACAGUAAAGACUGCUAAGCUUGUUUGCCAGAGCUCUAAAGCUGAUGAAAGGGAAGACAAUCUUGACAAGUUGACAGAUAUGCAAGAGAAUAAACUCUUUGAUGGUGUCUCUAAUAUGAAGCUGAUUCUGGGGCAAUUGACAUCUAUACCUUUUGAGCCUGAGUGGGAAGAAGAUGAUGUAUACUUGAGCCAUCGAAAGGAUGCUGUAAGGAUGAUGAGGUCAGCAUCUCAACACUCUAGGGCAGCCACUAAUGCAUUUUUGAGGGGUGACCAUUUUUCUGCACAGCAGCACUCUCAAAAUGCUCGAGAAGAAUGGUUAACUGCUCAGAGACUUAAUGCUAAGGCAGCUAGUGAAAUUUUAAGAAUCAGAAAUAGCGACAAUGACUUGUGGAAGUUGGACUUGCAUGGUCUUCAUGCAGCAGAAGCUGUCCAAGCCUUGCAUGAACAUUUGAGACGGCUUGAGUCCCAGGUACCAGUGGGCCGCUCAGUUUCUCCUAACAGAUUUAAGGCAAAUAAUGGGAUUGUUCGUUCGUCAUCUGUUGAGACAUUUAGUUCUAUGGAUAAAUUGGAUAAGCAACAGACAUCAUCUAGGCAGAGGCCUACAUCGUUACAAGUCAUAACAGGUGUAGGCAAUCAUAGUCGUGGACAAGCUGCGCUCCCUGCAGCCGUGAGAAGCUUCCUCAUAGAAAAUGGAUAUCGCUUUGAUGAGGCAAGACCAGGGCUAAUUACUGUUAAACCCAAAUUCCGGCGUGGUUGAACAUUAUUCAAUAAAAUGUUGUUAUUUAUUAAUUUGAAGAACUUAGUCUUAAGCUGUUUGUUGGUGGAUAAUUAAAUGUUGGGAAGUCGCCAUUGGACUUCCUUUGGAUGUGACUCAUGUACCAUGUCAGCUGCUAUGACCUUUUUGCUUCAUUUGUAUCUUUGACCUAAGGUAUAAAUAUUUAGUCAAAACUCAAAGUUUACCCCAUGAGUAUUGGUUCGGUGGUCCUUAGUGGAUCUUGAUUAUUGACUCUUGUGUAGCAUUUGAUAAAAUUGUAUCCAACAAUAUUGAAAUUUGAAUCGAUUGUCUAAA